GGCUGGGGGCGGGACGCGCGGCGGGCGCGGUCGCGCGCGGCGGCGGCGCGUUCCGUUCCGGGCCGAGGCUCGCGGCGGAAAAGUUGCGCGGCGGUGAGGAGCGGCCCCGGGACGGGCAGCGAGCGCGACGCCGAGCCGGCUCCCGGCGCCCGCGGCCCCGCCAUGGACGACCUCGGACCUGGAGGAGUCGGGGGCUGCAGGAACUGAUCUUCCUUGGAAGUCAGAGACAUCCCGGGCCUUGGAACAAGCUUCUGAUCAGCUGGGUAGGAGCCUGGGACGCCCUGCUGGCAGACUUGGAGUCCACGACCUCCCACAUCUCCAAACGGCCUGUGUUCUUGUCUGAGGAGACCCCCUACUCGUACCCAACAGGAAACCACACAUACCAGGAGAUUGCCGUGCCACCCCCUGUCCCUCCACCCCCGUCCAGCGAGGCCCUCAAUGGCACGGUCCUUGACCCCUUAGACCAGUGGCAGCCCAGCACCUCCCGAUUCAUCCACCAGCAGCCUCCAUCCCCGUCCCCCGUGUACGGCUCCAGUGCUAAAACUUCCAGUGCCUCCAACCCCCAGGACGGCAUCGGCCUUCCGUGUCCCCGAGCCGGCGAGGAAGAGCACGUGUACAGCUUCCCCAACAAGCAGAAGUCGGCUGAGCCUUCACCCACCGUCAUGAGCUCCUCCUUGGGCAGCAACCUUUCUGAACUCGACCGCCUGCUGCUGGAGCUGAACGCCGUGCAGCAUAACCCCCCAGGCUUCCCUGCAGAUGAGGCCAACUCAAGCCCCCCACUGCCUGGGGCUCUGAGCCCCCACUAUGGCAUCCCAGAGAAUAACAGCCCGCUGGGUGUCAAAGCUGGGCCACUGACCAAAGAGAAGCCCAAGCGGAACGGAGGCCGGGGCCUGGAGGACGUGCGGCCCAGCGUGGAGAGUCUCUUGGAUGAGCUGGAGAGCUCCGUGCCCAGCCCCGUCCCCGCCAUCACUGUGAACCAGGGCGAGAUGAGCAGCCCCCAGCGAGUCACCUCCAGCCAGCAGCAGACACGCAUCUCCGCCUCUUCUGCCACCAGGGAGCUGGACGAGCUGAUGGCCUCACUGUCGGAUUUUAAGACCAGCUCCUCUGCUGUGGCCUUGAGCUCCCCAAGGCUGCUGCCCAACUCAGCUCCAUCCCCACACCACAUACUUUCUCCUCCUCCUCCUCCUCCUGGGCCCUCUGUAUUCCUGCCACCCCCUAGGAAACCCUCCCCUCGAGGCCACGGCCACACCCUGGAGGUCCUCUGCGCUGAGGACAAUGUGGCCCCCAGCUGGCUUGAUUUGGCUGGCCUUGGGGAGAUGCCUGACACCCCCAACUCAAGGUCUCCCUCCACGGAGAGUUCUUUGGGGCCACUGGGUGCAGAGAGCCAGGCUCGCGUUUGGAGGGACCCACCAAACGCGAGCCUGGUGAGUGAGCUCUCCAGGGUGCCUCCCGGCCACACUCUACCCCACGCUGGGUGCACAGGUCCCCAGGAGGCUGGGGAACCCCAAGUGCUGUCGGCCAACCCUUUGUGCCCGGGAGAGGCCGUGGCUGCCACAUGGGAGUGGCCGUGGGCUCUGGAGGCACUUAGGCCUGAGUUCCCCUGGGGAGCUAUGCCCAGCUUCCAGGAAGUAAUCGAGCCAGCCACCAUGGCUGUGGACCGUCAGGCUAUCUUCCCGGAUACCUGGAGUCUCACGAAGGCACGUGGACAGCAGAAGGAGAGGGCAAGGCCAGAGCCAGGGGAGCCAGAGAGCAGAUGCCCUGCCCCAGUUGAGGAGGAGCAGUUAGGUGGAGAGACGCCCACAGUGGGCAGCCUGGUCAGGCCAGCCCAGGGGCCCGAGACCCCCAGGAGGCCAGAGGGCACCACUGAAGCCGCUGCAGAGGCCAGGAGGGAACGGCCAGAACUUCCACAGGCUGUGGUCGUGGACACACCCAACACCACGGAGAGGAUUUCCACCUCUGGCCAGGCAGGCAUCCGCUCCAUGAUCAGGAGGAGCCGGGAGACCGGCCACGCUCACCCCAUGUCCCGGGAGCCCUCCCCUCGUCGCCGGCUGGACCCCGCCACCCUGAGCAGAACCCCGUCCCAGGAGCGGCUCAUCGCGGAGCUGCAGGGUCGGCUGGGCAUCCAGCCGGAGGUGGAGGAGGCCGAGGGGGCCACGGGGGCCUCUGCCGAGGACUGGCUGACCGAGGGCGUCGUCAUCACUGUGCAGCCGUGUGGGAGGCGGGCUAGGGGGCAGCUGGUAGAGAAGGUAGUGAGUAGGUGCCCAGGGCUGGGCCAGGGCGGAGGUCCUCCAGUUCUUCCCCAGCAGCAGCCAGAGGGGAAGUUUGGCAUGUGGGGGGGUCCUGCAUCCCGUGGCCUUGUGAGGCCAGCUUCACUCUUGGUGCCAGAGUGGGAGGGCCCCAGGGAGCCCCUGCUUGCUGAGCUGAUGUUUCCUCCACCGUUGCCUUCAUCUCUCUCCCUCUCUUCUUCCUCCCAGGUUGUCUUCCCUCCUGGCUCUCCCAUUCCCCUGAGAAGAACCUUCUCUGUUCUGCCUUCUCCUCCUCCUCCCAGCCCUUUGCUCCAGCAUCGCAAAGACGCCUCGGCCAGCAGCUCUUCUCCCCGGCCCAGCCCGCCCACCUCCUCCACCCUGGGGCCCUCGGCUCUUCCUCGAGGUCCCCUCGGGGUCCAGAGUGCUGGGGCGGGGCCACGGGAAGACGGUGUGCAGGGCCCCACCCCACCCACUCCUGCGCCCCACUCUGUGAGGUCCAUGGGCUGCCAGACCGACGAGGACCCACUCUUCCCCCCGAUGCAGAUCCAGGGCCUGGAACAAAGAGCGGACGGAGAGCUGUGCUGGGCGGCCAGCUGGCCUCCGAACGGCAGCCAGAGCAGCCCUGAAGGGCAGGACGAGGGAGGGUUCAUGGCCCAGGGGAAGACAGGGAGCAGCUCUCCCCCGGGAGGGCCCCCAAAGCCUGGGAGCCAGCUUGACAGCAUGCUGGGGAGCCUGCAGUCUGACCUGAACAAACUGGGGGUCGCCACGGUCGCCAAGGGGGUCUGCGGGGCCUGCAAGAAACCCAUCGCGGGGCAGGUCGUGACCGCCAUGGGGAAGACGUGGCACCCAGAGCACUUCGUCUGCACCCACUGCCAGGAGGAGAUCGGAUCCCGGAACUUCUUUGAGCGGGAUGGACAGCCCUACUGUGAAAAGGACUAUCACAACCUCUUCUCUCCGCGCUGCUACUACUGCAACGGGCCCAUCCUGGAUAAAGUGGUGACAGCCCUUGACCGGACGUGGCACCCCGAGCACUUCUUCUGUGCCCAGUGUGGAGCCUUCUUUGGGCCUGAAGGGUUCCACGAGAAAGACGGCAAGGCCUACUGCCGGAAGGAUUACUUUGACAUGUUCGCCCCCAAGUGUGGCGGCUGCGCCCGAGCCAUCCUGGAGAACUACAUCUCGGCCCUCAACACCCUGUGGCAUCCUGAGUGCUUUGUGUGUCGGGAGUGCUUCACACCAUUUGUCAAUGGCAGCUUCUUCGAGCACGACGGGCAGCCCUACUGUGAGGUGCACUACCACGAGCGGCGGGGCUCGCUGUGCUCCGGCUGCCAGAAGCCCAUCACCGGCCGCUGCAUCACUGCCAUGGCCAAGAAGUUCCACCCGGAGCACUUUGUCUGUGCCUUCUGCCUCAAGCAGCUCAACAAGGGCACCUUCAAGGAGCAGAACGACAAGCCUUACUGUCAGAACUGCUUCGUCAAGCUCUUCUGCUAGGCCCGCUCAUCCCUUCCUCUGCCCCGCUUCCUGGCCCAGCCUCCCAACUGCUACUGUGACCCAGAGGCCUCGCCCAGGGGUGAAGGGGCAAACCCGACUGAAACUGGAACCACGGCCUUGGCUGGUGCAGGAUGGCAAGAGGGUCCUGA